CCAACAAAAUGCCUAAAAAUAUUGAAAUAAAAGCAAGGAUAUCCUCUAAACAAAAAGUUGAAAACUAUCACAAUUUGCUGACUCAAUCAUGUGGUCAGGCUGAAAUCAUUCAACAACAUGAUACAUUUUUUAAUACAGAGAAAGGACGUUUAAAACUUCGGGAAUUUUUUGGGAAUGAACAAAAAAAAAAAGAGCCUGAAUUAAUUUUUUAUGAAAGAAAUGAUCAAAAUGGACCAAAAUUAUCUGAUUUCACUCAAGUCAAAUUAGGGAAUAAAAGUGAGGGAAUUAAGGAAGUCCUUUCUUGUGCUUAUGGUGUUAAGGGUUGUGUGAGAAAAAAGAGGGCUCUUUAUAUUUAUCAGACUCGGACUCGUGUGCAUAUUGAUGAAGUUGAAAAUUUGGGGGAUUUUAUUGAAAUUGAAGUUUGUCUUCGUGAUGACCAAACUGAAGACGAAGGAAAAGAAAUUUUAAUUAAUUUAUCGAAAUAUUUGGAUAUAUCAAAUAAUGAUUUAAUUGAAGUUGCAUAUUUAGAUUUAUUGUCAAAAUAAUAAAUAUUACAGUUUAAAAUAAUAUGUCGUAU